CCAUCCCUCUUGUCUCUUUCCAUGGAUCAUAUAUCCUAAUCACUGUCCAUUAAUCCUUUCUAAUUAACUAUAAACAUGGCUUCACCCAAUUAUCUUCCUCUUCUCCUACUUAAUCUCCUGUUAAUCCUUCCUUCCCUCUAUGCCAAUGGAGGCAUCAUCCAAGAUUUGAUCCUUCAAGCUUGUGCAAACACCACUAACCAUGAAUCCUGCCUUUCCAACCUCCAAGCUGAACUUGUCCACACAGGCAAAGCUAGCCCAAGUUCUGUCUUCUGUGCUGGAAUCAGAGCUACCUUAAACCAAGCAAAUCGAGCUAUUUCAAUGAUCACCAAAGGUACUACCUUAUCAGUGGAUCCCCGUGAACAAAUGGCCGUGGAGGACUGCAAAGAGCUGCUUGAUUUCUCCGUGACGGAACUGACGUGGUCGUUAUCGGAGAUGCGCAACAUCCGGUCACCAUUUCCGGCCAAAUAUGACCCUCAAGGUAACUUCAAAGCUUGGCUUAGUGCAGCUCUCACUAACCUAGACACAUGCCUUGAAGGCUUCGAGGGUACUAAUGGUCGCAUACGAAGUUACGUGGAAGGGAGCUUACAACAAGUCUCACAACUCAUCUCUAACCUUUUGGUUAUGUAUCAUAAGAUGCAUAGCAUACCCCUUACACCACCUAGAGACGAACCUAGUAAGGGGAAUGGGGAGGAAUUGGUGUCGGGUUUUCCGGCGUGGAUGACGGAGGAAGAUCGAGAGCUUCUGCUGGCACCAAGGCCACAGAGAAGGCGAAUAGACGUAGUAGUAGCUUUGGAUGGAAGUGGGCACUUCAGAUCGAUCACGGAAGCAGUGAUGGAAGCUCCUGAUCAUAGUGGAAGGAGGUUUGUGAUCUAUGUGAAGAAGGGAAUAUACAAAGAGAACUUGGAUUUGAAGAAGAAGAAGACCAAUAUCAUGCUUCUGGGAGAUGGGAUUGGAGCUACUGUUAUCACUGGAGCUCGUAAUUUCAUGCAGGGUUUUACAACUUUUCGAACACCUACCAUUGCGGUUUCUGGACGGGGUUUCAUAGCAAAGGACAUGACAUUCCGUAACACAGCCGGACCAGAGAACCAUCAAGCAGUGGCACUCCGAGUUGACUCAGACCUCUCAGCCUUCUACCGGUGUAGCAUGGAAGGUUACCAAGACACACUCUACUCCCAUUCCCUCCGUCAAUUCUACAGAGAGUGCAACAUCUACGGAACCAUCGACUUCAUAUUUGGAAAUGGCCAAGCAGUCUUUCAGGAGUGCAAGAUCUUCACCAGGAAACCCUUACCACUCCAGAAGGUGACCAUCACAGCCCAAGGAAGGAAAGACCCACACCAGAGCACAGGAUUCUCUAUCCAACACAGUGAAGUUCUAGCCACUUAUCCAACCUACUUAGGGAGGCCAUGGAAGUUGUAUUCAAGAACUGUGUAUCUGCAUACGUUCAUGAGUUCUCAGGUGCAGCCACGAGGUUGGCUUGAAUGGUUAGGGAAUUUCGCUUUGGAUAGUUUGUAUUAUGGAGAAUACAACAACUAUGGACCAGCUGCGGGGUUGGGUGGACGAGUGAGAUGGCCAGGUUUUCAUAUCAUUAAGGAUGCAGCUACUGCUAGUUUCUUCACAGUCGAGCGUUUCAUCGAUGGGUUACGAUGGUUGCCCUCCACUGGUAUCACAUUUACGGUCGGUUUAACCGAUUAAAUCUCUCUUUUUUAUCCUCUCUAUGUUAGUUUAUACUUAGUUUAUAGCGAUUUGGUUUCGGUCGGUUUCAUCAGUUUGUGUGAAAAAUGAGUGAAUCCAAUAAAGAAAAAUCCGGGUUCAAUCGGUUUUAUUUU